AUGGUCGACGGGGCGAGAGCGACACACCGCGACAGCUCUGUUGAUAUGUGUUUGGGUCGGUCGAUGCAGUCUGCGGUGGGUGCGUGUCCGCACAGCCGGCACCGUGUGCGGCGCAGGGCCAUUGCAGCUGUGCGUGUGGCGCUUCUUUUUUUGUUGGCGCUGGCUGCGGUGGCGGCGUGGAUGCCCGCGGUGCAUGCGGUGGUGUUGCGACUGCGGGGCGGUACGGUGGACAGAGCCAUCACGGUUGGCCGUGCCGUGGACACGGUGCUGAUGGACGGCGUGCGCAUGACGAACGGCGUGGCUGUGGUGUUUGACGUGCCUGCGAUGCUUCCCGGCGCGCUGCGCAUCGAACUGAGGAACUGCGUGUGCGACGGCGGUGCGCAGAUCUACGUGCGGGGCUACAGCGGCGAGCCGGCGAGUGACCGGAGCCUGGAGGUGAGUGUGAGCGGGCUGUCCGGCGGCUACUGCUCGCUCGUGUUUGUGCACAACCUGCCGGCACACACGAACGUGACGAUCCGUGACUCGACGAUUGUGACGGCGGGGCCGAUGCGCUACUCUCAACUGAGCGGGCUGACGGACGCGGUGGCGUCGCCGCUUGUGCUGUACGCGACGUCGCUGUUGCAGACGCAGCUGCGUGUGAGCAGCACUGUGCUGAGGUCGUUGCACGCGGGCGGGUCUGCGGUGUACGUUGGCGGCGACGUGGACCUGCUGUCGAGCGCGGUGGUGCUUGACGGCGUGUUGCUGGAGGCGUCGGGCGGUCCGACCGCGUCCGCGAUGCGUGUGGCGUCCUCGUCGAUUCUCAGUCUGCGGAGCCACUCGGUGUUCUCCGUGACGAACGUGUCAGUUGUGAGCAGCGGCGGCGGCAUUGUGCUUGGAGAGCGCCUCGCGGUGGUUGAUUCGGUGCUGCGCAUCGUGGGCGUCGAGGGGUCUGUUGCGUCGUCGCUGGUGCGCUGCGACGGUGGGACGGUUGAUGCCGGCGGGUGGCUGGAAAUGCACGACGUGUGGGCGGUGGGCGAGGCCUCGUCUGUGGCGUCGCUGUCGGGGGUGACGUUGAGCGGCGGUGCCGUGUCGAUUGCGCGUUGCGCUGCCACUGGCGCGACGCUUGUCUCCGGGCCGACGAUCACGAGCGGCGCCGUGUCGGUGCAGUGCAACCGUGCCGGUGGCCGGGUGCUGCGGAGCAGCGGCGACUACCGCAUGGCCGGCCUGCCCUCCGUGAGCGUGGUGCCGUGCGACGGCUGUGCGGCAGCGCUGGCGUGCUUUGAUGCGCUGACUGCGUCGUACUCUGACUGCGUGUGCAGCUGCCGCGUCGGCGGUGUGGGCGAGGCGUGCCUGCCGUUCGACGUGCCGCCUGCGAGGGCCGGCGGUGGUGGUGGCGGUGCUGCGGAGGGCUGCAUGGGUGGCGUGACGCUGACGGAGUCCGUGACGGUUGGCGGCGGGCGGGCGACGGCGUGCUUUGACUCGGUGUUGUUCAGCGGGCCGAUCACUGUGGCGGUGGACCUGCGCUUGAUGGACGCGUUCGCCGACGCGCUGAACGUGACGCUGCGCCACUGCGUGCUUGCGGGCGGUGCGCUGCUGCGGAUUGGCGGCCUCAGCGACAACACGGCGCGCCUGAUGCCGCACGUCCUCGUCAACAUGACGAAUGUGACGUCGCUGGAGGGCACGAUCGUGCUGCAUGGCGCGAUGCCGCCGAACUCGAGUGUGCUGCUGGCGAACUCAACGCUGCGCGCGACGGUUGGCGGGUCACAGUACGUGCCGACUACCCCUGGCCAUGCGAGAUCCCGGUACGGCCCCGCGCUUGUUCUGGACGGUGUCCGGCUUCUGUCGACGCGGUUUGUCAUGACGCGGUCGACGCUGGUGUGUGGCGGGGGUUCGUGCGCUGCGAUUGUCGUGGAGCGCGGUCUCGGCGUGAAAUUGUCCAGCGUCUUCUACAUGGACAAUUACGCUGUCAGGUCGCAGACGCACGUGAUGUACGCUCUUGCGUCGGACCUGCUUGUCAGCGGCGGCUCCGUGUUCUCCAUACAGAACAGCUCGUGGAUUGCGCCGAGCAUUAACAUGUACGAAGGCGCGUGUGUGUUCAGGGACGUUGCAGUGGAUGGCGGCAGCGUGCUGCAGAUUGUGUCCAGCACUUUCCGUCUUGGCUUUGCCAUGCUGAUGGCAACCACGCUGACCGUGGCUGGCGGCAGCUGGCUGGUGCACCGCAACAACGAGUUCCGCACCGCCUACGUUGUGUACAUGACCAACUACUACGGCGUGGCGUUCCGCGAUCGGAGUGUGUGGUCGAUACUUGACAACAAGUUCACGUGCGGCUCGUACUCGUCUACCAUCGCAUGUAUGACGAGCAAGUGGCCACCACCAUCUGACUUGCGCCCGAUCAUCUACGGCGUGUGCAACGAGGCAAUAGGCUUUCCCGUAGCGAAUUACCAAGAAGAGCUCAAUAUUGGGACUCCCGUGACAGUGUUGGACUGUGGUGCGUGCACUGUGGACGCCGUGUGCUUUGCAGCGAGGACGAGCAGCAUCAGCGGCUGUGAGUGUGUGUGCGCUGCUGGCGGCUACGGUGACACGUGUCUGCCGGCUGCGGUUCCGGACGGCCUUUGGCCGCUCCCGCUCCCAGAUGCGAAGGACACGGAGGUCCGCUGCGUGCACGGUGGCAGCAUCAGCUCCGUGGACUAUCCUGAUCCCGGUGUGCGUGGUCUGUGCUUCGUCAACGUGACCUUCACCGCCCCGAUGUUGCUGGAUCUGUCGCAUUUCGAUGCGCCACAACAGACACUCAACAUCACGCUGCUGCAGUGCGUCCUCGUGGGACUGUUGAUCAGGGGGAGUGGUGCGCGCGUACACGUGAGCGUGACAUCCUCGAUGCUGGAUUCUGGUGCAUUGGAGUUUGAGGGCGAUUUUGGCGUGAGCUCCCAGAUACUGGUGGUGGGCAGUACGCUCUUGACGACGUCGAG